AUGUCGAAGGUUCAAGAGAAGGAAGGAUUCAGCGACACCACUGCUAGCUACCUUGCAGGAAACCUGAUCGAAGCUGGUACCGAAACGACCUCGAGUACAUUGUACGCAUUCAUCCAAGCCAUGGUGAUCUUUCCCGAGGUAAUGAAAAAAGCGCAAGAGGAGGUUGACCGUGUCGUUGGUCCUGACCGGCUGCCAACAAUGGACGACGAACCUAAUCUCCAAUACAUCCGUGCGUGCGUCAAGGAAUCUCUGCGCUGGAUGCCCCCCGCCAUCACAGGAGCAAUACCACACUGCGUGAUACAAGAUGACGAAUACCGGGGUUACAAGAUCCCCAAGGGCGCAGCCAUCAUCCACAACGUCUACUCGAUCAACAUGGACCCGGCGCGCUAUCCUGACCCUCGUCGCUUCGAACCCGACAGAUACAAGGAUGACUUUCAGAACGCUUCAGACGCUGCAACGGCAUCAGACGUUUCGAAGCGUGAUCACUUCACCUUUGGCACCGGGCGUAGGCUUUGCCAAGGUAUACACGUGGCUGAACGGAGCCUCUUCCUCGGGAUCUCCCGCUUGGUGUGGGCUUUCGAUGUUAAUCCGGCCGCUGAUUCAGACGGGCGACUUAUUAUCCCAGACACGGAUAGCUAUACGUCUGGCUUUGUUGUGAUGCCCACCCCUUUCAAAGCGCGGUUGACCCCGAGGUCAGAGAAGAGAGCAGGACUUAUCCGGGUGGAAUGGAAGCAGGCUGAAGAGGAGCUGCUGGAUCCGGUCACCAAACAGUGGAAAGCGUAA